AUGCGCCGGCUGGUCCGCACCGCUGUGCCCUUGCCCAGAGGGAGGGGCCCCGCCGCGGCCCCUCCAGAAGUCUGGCGGUCCGCGCCUCCACCUCUCCCCUGCUUAGCUCCGGGCCCCCCCGGCCCCUGGGACUGCCUCCGCUGCUGGCAGGAGGGCGCGGAGUUUCUGGAGUCCCUGGAGCCUGACCUGCCGGCCCUGAGAGCCCUGGGGCUCCACCUGUGGGCUGCGGGCCCUGGCGCCCACCCUGCCGGAAUCAGCGAUCUCCUGGCGGAGGUGUCGGCUGAAGCGGACGGGCCGGUGCCGGGAUACCUCUCCGCCCCGCAGAGCAUGAUGGACACGUGCCUGUACAUCUUCACCUCUGGCACCACGGGCCUCCCCAAGGCUGCCCGGGUCAGUCAUCUGAAGGUCCUGCAAUGCCAGGGCUUCUACCAGCUGUGUGGGGUCCACCAAGAGGAUGUGAUCUACCUCGCCCUCCCGCUCUACCAUAUGUCCGGUUCCCUGUUGGGCAUCGUGGGCUGUUUGGGCAUUGGGGCCACAGUGGUGCUGAAGUCCAAGUUCUCUGCUGGUCAGUUCUGGGAGGACUGCCAGCAGCACAGGGUGACAGUGUUCCAGUACAUCGGGGAGUUGUGCCGAUACCUUGUCAACCAGCCCCCGAACAAGGCAGAACAUGGCCAUAAGGUCCGGCUGGCGGUGGGCAGCGGGCUGCGCCCAGACACCUGGGAGCGUUUUGUGCGGCGCUUUGGGCCCCUGCAGGUGCUGGAGACAUACGGGCUGACGGAGGGCAACGUGGCCACCAUCAACUACACGGGACAGCGGGGCGCAGUGGGACGUGCUUCUUGGCUGUACAAGCACGUCUUCCCCUUCUCUUUGGUUCGCUAUGAUGUCACCACAGGGGAGCCAUGUCGGGACGCCCGGGGGCACUGUGUGACCACGUCUCCAGGUGAGCCUGGGCUGCUGGUGGCCCCAGUGAGCCAGCAGGCCCCAUUCCUGGGCUAUGCUGGGGGGCCGGAGCUGGCCCGAGGAAAGUUGCUGAAGGAUGUCUUCCGGCCUGGGGAUGUUUUCUUCAACACCGGGGACCUGUUGGUCUGCGACGACCAAGGCUUUCUUCGCUUCCAUGAUCGUACUGGAGACACCUUCAGGUGGAAGGGGGAGAAUGUGGCCACAACCGAGGUGGCAGAGGUCUUUGAGGCCCUGGAUUUUCUCCAGGAGGUGAACGUCUACGGAGUCACUGUGCCAGGGCACGAAGGCAGGGCUGGAAUGGCGGCCCUGGUUCUGCGUCCCCCCCACUCCUUGGACCUUGUGCAGCUCUACUCGCAUGUGGCUGAGAAUUUGCCGCCUUACGCUUGGCCUCGCUUUCUAAGGCUCCAGGACUCUCUGGCCACCACAGAGACCUUCAAACAGCAGAAGGUCCGGAUGGCCAACGAGGGCUUUCACCCGAGUGUGUUGUCCGACCCGCUCUACAUUCUGGACCAGGCCGUGGGCGCCUAUGUGCCCCUCACACCUGCGCAGUACAGCGCCCUCCUGGCUGGGGACCUUCGAAUCUGAGGCCUGCCACACUCACAGCGCCUGCAGGGGGGACUGUGUAAGGUGGGGCUGUCCCAGGUAUAUGGGCUAUCAGGGAUCUUUUAUAUACCAGAUGUCACUGUUUUGUAAUAAAUGGGGCUGGAGCCAAUCUGCCUCUG